AUGGAGAACGACUUCCGGACGUCUUCGAAGAGGUUCUGGACCACCAUCCAGCGUCUCAGGAGAGGGAAGCAGUGCAUCAUAAACAUUGUGUACGUCCGCACCGUUGUAUGUGAGCACUCCGUGGCAAAUCUGCAGUGUGAUGAAGGGAAGGUCUUAUUUAUCUAUGGAGCCGAUUAUGGACGCCAUGAUAAGACCACAUGUGCUUUACGACCCGCACGUUGGCUCCAAAACGUCCAUUGUUCAAGACCCACAACCAAAGUUGCUGAAAGCUGUAAUGGGAAAAGAAGCUGUACAGUCAAAGCCAGCAACUCAGUGUUUGGAGACCCCUGUUACGGCACCUAUAAAUACCUGGAUGUCACUUUUGCCUGCUUGCCACCAGUCCGCCGCACCGUUGCAUGUGAGGGUUCUGUGGCAAAUCUGCAGUGUGGUGAAGGAAAGGUGAUAUCUGUCCUUGGAGCUGAUUAUGGACGCCCUGAUAAAACCACAUGCUCUCUCCAUGGACCUGCAUCUCAGAUCCAAAACGUCCAUUGUUCUAGACCCACAAGCAAAGUUGCUGAAAGCUGUAAUGGGAAAAGAAACUGUACAGUCAAUGCCAACAACUCAGUGUUUGGAGACCCCUGUUACGGCACCUACAAGUAUCUGGAGGUGGCUUAUAGAUGUCAAUGUGAGUGA